UCAAGCUCUGGGCGCGCGUGGGCCUCUCCUCCGGCCCGUCCGCUGCGCUUCUUGCAGACAUGUUCCCGGCCGUCCCUUCUCCGCGGACCCCGGGUCCUGGGUCCCGACGGGGUCCGCUAGCCGGAGUCGGGCCGACGUCCACGCCCCGGGCGGCGAGCAGAAGAGGUUUGUCUCUGGGGUCUGCGGUCAGCUCCCCCGUGCUCUUCUCGCCGGUGGGCCGGCGUAGCUCUCUGAGCUCAAGAGGAACACCUACACGGAUAUUCCCCCACCACUCCAUAUCAGAAUCUGUGAACUAUGAUGUUAGAAUGUUUGGGUCAUCUCUUCCUGUUAAAAUCAUGGAAGCCCUGACACUGGCUGAAGUUGACGAUCAGCUGUCUGUCCACAUAGAUGAAGGUGGGUGGGUUUGUUUGGUCUGCAAAGAGAAACUCCUUAUUUGGAAGAUUACUCUGUCACCUGUCACUAAGUUGUCUGUCUGCAAAGAGCUUCAGCUGCCGCCCACGGAUCUCCACUGGAGCGCCGACCUGGUGGCUCUCUCCUACCCCGCUGCCUCAGGAGAGACACAGUCCAUUCAGGCUGUUGCUGUCAUGGUGGCUACCAGAGAGGGGUCCAUUCGCUACUGGCCAAGUCUUGCCAGGGAAGACACCUUCUCUGAGGUUUGUGUGGACUUGGGAGGCGAGAAGACGUGCAGGUUCCUGACAGCAGUGCAGGGAGGAAGUUUCAUCUUGUCCUCCGUGGGAAGCCAGCUGGUGCGGCUGAUACCUGAAAGCUCAGGAAAGAUCCACCAGCAUGUGCUGCCCCAGGGCCAGGGCAUGCUCUCAGGAAUUGGCCGGAGAGUUUCUUCCCUUUUUGGAAUUUUGUCCCCUUCUAAUGAUCUCAUGCUAUCCAGUGUUCUCUGGGACAGAGAAAAUUCGAGUUUCUACACCCUGACAAGCUCAAGCAUCAGCAAAUGGGAACUGGAUGAUACUUCAGAAAAACAGGCUCACAGUUGGGAUCUACACAGAGCCCUGAAGGAAAGCAUUACAGAUGCUAUUUGGGGAUCUGAAAGUAACUAUGAAGCUAUUAAAGAAGGGGUCAACAUUCGGUAUUUGGACUUGAAGCAAAACUGUGAUGGGCUCCUGGUCUUGGCAGCAGCGUGGCACCCAGGAGACAGUCCCUGCCUCAUCUAUUACUCUUUGAUAACAGUGGAAGACAAUGGUAACCAGAUGUCAGAUGCGGUUACUGUGGAAGUCACUCAGUACAACCCACCUUUCCAGUCUGAAGAUCUGAUUACAUGUCGGCUGAUGGUCCCGAAUUUUUUAAGCCAGAUGGCCUAUCUGUAUACGGAAAAUGCUGUCUUUGUGUGUUCUACCGGAACUGGGAAGUUUUCUCUUCCUCAGGAGAAAAUUGUCUUCGAUACACAAGGAGAUGGCAUUUUGGGCACUGGCUCCUGUGGCGGCGUUCCCAUCCUUUUCUCUAGGAACAGUGGUCUGGUGUCGAUCUCACCAAGGGAAAGUGUAACCCUGUUAGCAGAAGGCCUGGAGGAGUCCUUGGCCUCUUCUGUUGGUGGACGGGGCAGUGAGAGUAUGGUUUUUGAGAACACUUCCAAGAAUGAGACUAUUGCCCAGGAAGAUAAGACAAAACUACUGAAAGCUGCUUUUCUGCAGUUUUGCAGGAAGGAUUUAAACCGUGCCCAGAUGAUGGCUGAUGAGCUGUUUUCUUCUCACACUGACAUGGAUUCGGACUCUGAGCUAGACAGGGCUGUCACCCAGAUCAGCGUGGACCUGGUGGAUGACUACCCAGCCUCGGACCCACGAUGGGCAGAGUCUGUCCCCCAGGAGGCUCCUGGGCUCAGCAACACCUCACUGAUCAUUCUGCACCAGCUGGAGGACAAGAUGAAAGCCCACUGCCUCUUGAUGGACUUCCUGCACCAAGUUGGCCUGCUUAGGCGCCUGAGCACAUCUCCCGUCAGAGGGAUACCGAUGACCACUCGGCUGCUGCUCUGUGAGCAUGCAGAAAAGCUUUCCGCAGCCAUCGCGCUCAAGAACCACCACUCCCGGCUGCCGGAGCUGGUGAAUGCAGCCAUCCUGCUCACCCUGAACAAGAGGGAGUGUGACGUCCCAUCCAGCCUGACUCCUGCAGAUGUCUUCUUCCGAGAGGUGUCUCGGGUGGACACCAUCUGCGAGAGCCUGCUGGAGCAUGAGGAGCAGGUCCUGAGGGAGGCAGCGCUGGACUCCUUGGAGUGGGCCGAGGUGGCGAUCAACGUCAACACGAUCCUCAAGGACAUGCUGCAGGCUGCCAGUCACUGUCGCCUAAACAGAAGCUCCAUGUAUAGUCAGGAAGAGCCUGUAGGAAAAGAGCUGGAGCACGUGCCAUGGACAGCCACAGGUGGUCCCGCGGGCAUCCGCACAGUGAUCAUACGCCAGCAUGGGAUCAUCCUGCAGACAGUGUACCCACAAGCUGACAGCAACCUCCGAAGUGUUGUGACAGAGCAGCUUGUGGCCCUGAUUGACUGCUUCCUGGAUGGUUAUGUUGCCCAGUUGAAGUCUCUAGACAAAUCCAGUGACCAAGAAAGAUACAACAACCUGGAAGUGGAGUAUGUGCAGAAAAGAUCAGACCUCCUCUCUCCCCUGCUUGCGCUAGGCCAGCACCCUUGGGCGGCCUCUCUGGCAGAGAAGUACUGUGACUUCGAUAUCCUGGUACAGAUGUGUGAGCAGACGGACAACCAGGCCCGACUCCAACGCUAUAUGACCCAGUUUGCUGACCAGAAUUUUUCAGACUUUCUCUUCCGUUGGUAUCUGGAGAAAGGAAAGAGGGGCAAAUUAUUAUCUCAGCCCAUUUCUCAACAUGGACAGCUGGCAAAUUUUUUGCAAGCACAUGAACAUCUCAGCUGGUUACACGAAAUUAAUGGCCAAGAGCUAGAAAAGGCUCAUGUGACACUUCUGGGUUUAGCAAAUAUGGAAACUCGUUACUUUGCAAAGAAAAAAACCCUUCUUGGCUUGAGUAAAUUGGCUGCUUUAGCUUCAGGCCUUUCAGAGGACGAGCUGCGAGAGAAAGUUGACGCAAUGGCUGAGCAGGAGCGAUUUCUGCUGCACCAGGAGACCCUGCCAGAGCAGCUGCUAGCCGAGAGACAGCUGAGUCUCAGCACGAUGCCCGUGCUUACUGCACCACAGCUCAUCAGCCUCUACAUCUGUGAGGAAAACAGAAGAGCCAAUGAGUAUGAUUUUAAGAAAGCCCUGGAUUUGCUGGAAUACAUUGAUGAGGAGGAAGAUGUGAAUAUCUACGACCUGAAGCUGGAAAUCCUGUGCAGAGCUCUGCAGAGAGACGACUGGUCCAGUUCAGAUGGCAAAGAUGAUCCCAUUGAAGUGUCUAAAGACAGUGUGUUUGUGAAGAUCUUACAGAAGCUUUUAAAAGAUGGCACCCAGCUCAGUGAGUACUUGCCCGACGUGAAGGAUCUGCUGCAGGCCGAUCAGCUGGGAAGCCUCAAGUCCAACCCUUACUUUGAGUUCGUCCUGAAAGCAAAUUAUGAGUAUUAUGUCCAGGGUCAGAUGUGACUUUUUCUAAAAAUGGUCACUGUUUCUAAAAUUUGUAUAAAUGUGUUCUUAUUAAAAACCUUACACUUGGGCUGGA